AUGCCCUCUUGCUUAAACUUCCUCUCCUCCCCACUGACAACCGCUCUCGCCUGCACCUUCGUGGCUUCCUCUGCAACCCCGCGCUACACCCCCAUCGCCACCCCGACUUGCCAGAAGGAGUAUUCGCCCAUCCGCUUUGCACAACCGUGGUACCUUCCUCACCUUUCUCUGCAUGCUUCUCGCAUACCUCUCCACCCUAUUAUGAACUUCCCGGCCGAGAAGGAGAACAGUCCAUAUAGACAUGCUCUGCGUUCCUUCAACUCGUUUCAACCUUUGCAAAAGGGCCAUUCACUUCCAUUACAUGUCGAACAAAACCCCAUCGCUCGCUCAAACUUCAGGGAAUGCCACGGAGUCAAUGACGGGAACGUCCUGUCCAGCAUCUCGGCAUUGUCGGUCACUCCAGCCCCAAACCACAUUACCACAUCACCAGCGACAUCGGCCAUAACUCAACAGAAAAAUCUUCCACCUGCUUAUACUCCUCGACACCUCGUAUCCACUGUCCGUCCCAACGACGCCUCCAAGGAAACGAAAAACAUCAAAUCUACCCAUUUCGCAGCUUCCUCUUCACGUCCAGUGCAUGAACAGAGGCUCGCGGAUAGGGAACUUCCACGGGGUCCGCGGACAAGGCCCACCAGUUUUUCCCACCCGACCACAUCUCUGGCACAUCUCACCACAGCGGAAGGGAGAACUGCAUCCAAAAUUCCAACUCGACCGAGGACUUUCGCUGCAAUGACCACCGACGACGCCAACGGACUCGCCCUUUCUUUGGCAAAGAUGAAGGACCACUCUUCCAUCCCUCAACUCCCGAAGCGUGUUUCCGCGAACGCUUCGAUGCAUGAUGGCACGACAGCCAUGAAAAGGGAUUGGGCCAGUAAGUCUUCUAUUCCAACGCGCCCGUCUAGUUUACAGAGUGACAAAGCGCGGCAAGAUUUGGCGCCAUCGCACAUUCCCAAGCCUACCGCUCGCGUUCAACUAACUGUGUCUACAGUGCCUGCUAAGGCCGCCGUCAGGAAUGUCCCGGCAACUUCCGUGUCCACCAAGUUGGCGGUAUCCUCUACAUCUACCAAGCCCUCCUCGGCAACGUCCCAUCGCUUGUCCUCAUCCUUCCAGGGAAAAAUUCCGACUGCAGCACCAAAGCAAAUCCCUGAGACCUACCGACAUGCUGGUUCUCCCGCCAAAGACUCCAACCGACAGCACUCAAGAAGACCCCCAUCAAGAGUCUACAAGAAGCAACCACUGAAUCGGGUAAAUGCAUGUGUCCCUCCUAGCACAGAGAACACCGACGAUCGUCGGCAGUGGACGUUAAAUGAUUUCAAGCUUAUCAAACUCCUCGGAAAGGGUAGAUUUGGCAAGGUCUUCAAAGCUAGAGAAUUGAAAACCAACUACGUUGUCGCGCUCAAGAUUCUCAACAAGGCUCAUUUGUUGAAGGAAAAGGCAGAAACUCAGUUACGACGUGAAAUCGAAAUCCAAAGCGAAUUGCGACACCCUAACAUACUACGGCUCUACGGAUUCUUUUACGACGAGACCCGAAUUUACCUGAUUCUUGAGUAUGCUCCUGGUGGGGAGCUGUACAAACAUCUCAAAGAUUGUGGAGGGACUUUCGAGGAGCCACAGGUUGCCAGGUACAUCCAAUCACUUGCGAGUGCGUUACGACAUUGCCACGCUAAGGGAGUGAUCCAUCGCGAUCUUAAACCGGAGAACCUUCUACUGGAUGGUAACAAUGAGCUCAAAAUUGCUGACUUUGGAUGGAGCGUGCACGCAGUUCGGUCGAAUCGCAGAACAACGAUGUGUGGCACACUUGACUUUUUAGCCCCGGAAAUGUGUGAGGGUCGGGAGUACGACACGACUGUUGACUUGUGGUCCCUUGGUGUCCUUCUGUAUGAGAUGCUCUACGGUAAGCCACCUUUCGAAGAACCAUCUGAGUCUGAUACCAAGAAGCGAAUCACGCAGGUGGAUAUUGUUUUUCCCAAUGUCGCUGAACAUGACGUCAGUGCUCGCGCUCGACACCUCAUACGAAGCCUAUUGCGGAGAAAUCCAAAGAAGCGGCUGUCCUUGAACCAUGUACUUUGCCAUCCGUGGAUACUCAAACACACGAGAUCAACGUAGAGAACUAGGUGUCGUUUUUGAAAAAUUGUAAAACAUCGCAGGCUAGGGUGGAUCUUCUCUGCUUACCGAUAGGAGAUAAAUUGACCCCGACCUCAACGGAGGAAUGGA